AUGGCCGCCCCGCCGCCCGGUGUGCCGAGCGGCGCAGGGCGGGCGGCGGAGCCCGCGGGCGGCGGCCCCCGCGGCGCCGCCGGGUCCCCCUGCCCGCUUCCCCGGCCCCCCGGGGGGGACCCGCCGCCCUCGCCCCCCGACAGGAGAAAAAAGAAAGAUGACGAUAUUUUGGAGAUCCCAUCAAUUCCAAAUCCUUUUCCUGAGCUGUGUUGCUCUCCGUUUGCAUCAGUUUUGUCAGCCAGUCUGUUGCCCAAGGCAACUUCAAGAAGAAAGCAGGUAAUUAAAGUGUAUAGUGAAGAUGAUACUAGCAAAGCUUUGGAUGUACCAAGUGAUAUAACAGCCAGGGAUGUAUGUCAGCUGUUGAUAUUGAGGAACCACUACAUUGAUGACCACAGCUGGACUCUGUUUGAACAACUUACCCACACAGGUUUAGGAAGAGCUAUAGAGGACCAUGAAUUAGUGAUGGAAGUCCAGUCAAAUUGGGUAAUGGAAGAGGAAAACAAACUGUAUUUUAGAAAAAAUUAUGCCAAGUACGAGUUUUUUAAAAAUCCACUGAGCUUUUUUCCAGAUCAUAUGAUAUCUUUUCCAAGUGAGACCAAUGCAGCUGUAAGUCAUUCUGGGAUAUUACAGAUGUUCCUAAGCUCCAGCACAUAUCCGGAGAUUCAUGGUUAUUUGCAUGCAAAGGAGCAGGGAAAAAAAUCGUGGAAAAAAUUGUACUUUCUUUUGAGAAGAUCUGGCCUUUAUUUUUCCACUAAAGGUACAUCUAAGGAGCCAAGGCAUCUGCAGUUUUUCUGUGAAUUCAGCAAUAGUGAUAUGUACAUGUCUUUGGCAGGCAAAAAGAUUUCUGGAGCACCAACAAACUAUGGAUUCUGCUUUAAGCCUAACAAAUCAGGAGGAACCAGAGACCUGAAACAGCUCUGUGCAGAUGAUGAACAAAGUAGGACCUGCUGGAUGACAGCAGUUAGGUUGCUUAAGUAUGGGAUGCAGCUGUAUCAGAAUUACAUGCAACCGUAUCAAGGUAGAAGUGGCUGCAGCCCUUUGAAUAUAACACCUAUGAGAAGCAUUUCAGAAAAUUCUUUAGUAGCAAUGGAUUUCUCAGGACACAGAAGCAGAAUUAUAGAAAAUCCAACAGAAGCCCUUUCAGUUGCAGUUGAAGAAGGAUUAGCAUGGCGGAGAAGAGGGUGUCUACGACUCAACUCACAUGGUAGUCCUAUUGCCAUGUCUAGCAUGGCUAUACACAGAUCUCAGUCAUGGUUUCAUCAUAAAAUCUCUAGAGAAGAGGCUCAGAGACUUAUUUUGCAGCAUGGACUUGUAGAUGGGGUAUUCCUGGUACGUGAUAGCCAAAGUAACCCCAAAACAUUUGUACUGUCAUUGAGUCAUGGAUUAAAAAUUAAGCAUUUUCAAAUUGUACCAUUGGAAGAUGAUGGGAAGCUAUUCUAUACCCUUGAUGAUGGUCAUACCAGAUUUACUGAUCUCAUCCAGCUAGUGGAAUUCUAUCAACUCAAUAAAGGAGUACUGCCUUGCAAGUUAAAACACUAUUGUGCACGAAUUGCUCUUUAACCAAAGCAUCUGUUGUUUCAUCAGAGUGAAGGAAAAUACUAGAAUACUUCUUCCCCUAAAGGGAAUUUGUAUAGUAAGAAGGGGAAAAAGUAUUACAUUGUAAAGAGUCUAUGUUUAAGCUGCAAAAAAAAUUUAUAUUCUGUAACAAUAAGAACUUUGCUUUGUGUUUGUCACAGCAAAAUUAACUUUAUGGAUUUUAAAAACCUAUUCUUUCCUAUGUAAUCCUUUAGCAUUGUCUUGGACUUUUUUUUUUUGUUUUGUUAGUGUUUUUUAUUUUUUUUUAUUUUGUUGUUUUUUUUUUCAACUGAAAACAAU